CAACCUUGUUCGGCCGAUCACAAGGUGCAGUGAUAUAAAAGACUAGCCAGGUCGCUGUUGUAGAGAAAGGUAAGGAAGUCUCUCGUUUGGGUCCUCAAUACUAAACAUGGUCGCUCGCUGCUACCUGCCUGUCGCUUCUGCGCUGCUACUACUUUCCCAAUUCACCAGUACAACCUUCGCUUUCAAGUUUACUCCUACUGGCCAGACAGUUCAGUUAGAUGGAUCGUCCUACUAUGUUCCUCCGGAUGUUGUGUCUACCAUCACCGUUUCGAAGCACUUGAAAAAGGCUCUAGACAGUGCUGGUGGAUUACUUCCUUUCACCGUUGUCAACGCUGGGUCCUUUACUUAUGGAGAGAAGGACUUCAGCCAGGAUAUUGCAGCCUACACCGCCAGAGACGAUGUCUUCAGCAAAGGCUUCAUGGAGGCUGUCUAUGUCCAGUACUCUAACGUGUCAAACCAAAGAGGCUUUUCGGCACCUAGACUAUCAAGCAACAGCAGUGUGAGUGUGGUCACCACCGGAUUUGCCUCGAACACCUCCACCAUUCCUACUGGACCAUACUUUGUGACAUCUACUGGUGCCGUCCACGAAGCCUGGAAGCUCUUCAGCGAUGUCCAAGGCGCCUUCUUGGAGACUACCAUCACAAACAAGGAUGGCACUUUCUCCGUCUUGCCUGCCAAUGUCGAGGGCCAGUCCUUGGCAAUUGCAGUACCUUCUCGUCUAUACUUCACCAAAACAGAGGAAAAGCCGCUAGCAGGCGUCCGUCUCGGUAUCAAGGAUAUCUACGAUAUUGCUGGUUUGAGAACUUCUAAUGGAAACCGAGCAUGGUACCAUUUCUACCCGGCGGCCAACGAGACAGCUGUCACAGUUCAGAGAUUGAUCAAUGCUGGCGCUGUUAUUGUUGGAAAGAUGAAGACCUCUCAGUUUGCCAACGGUGAAGUUGCCACCGCAGAUUGGGUGGAUUAUCACGAGCCUUUCAACCCCCGUGGUGACGGUUACCAGGAUACCUCUUCAUCUUCCAGUGGACCUGGUGCAGGUGCCGCAGCAUACGAUUGGCUUGAUCUGACUCUUGGCUCUGACACCGGCGGCAGUAUCAGAAACCCAUCUCAAGUGCAAGGUCUUUUCGGUAAUAGACCUUCAUGGGGACUUGCUCCACUUGACGGUAUUAUGCCAAUGGCUCCUCAGCUCGACACUCCAGGUUUUUUGACCAGACAUCCUGAUAUCUGGAUUGCCGCCUCCAAGGUCCUAUACAGCGACAAUAUCACAAUGUCGCACAGCUACCCUUCAAAGAUCCAGACCAUCAAUUGGCCUACCACCAACGACUCCGUCGCCGAUGGUCUCCUCCUCAACUUCCUCGACAAAGUCACAACUAUGCUCAACGCCUCCACCACAACUCUCAAUCUAACCGAGAAAUGGAGUCAAACUCACCCUGUCAACGUGACCUCCUCAGUCCUCGACCUCAUGAACCUCACCUACGCCGUCCUGAUCGGCCAACAAACAACCUCCCUCCGCGACCCCUUCUACGCCGCCUACUCAGCCGCAAACGCCGGCCGCGUCCCCUUUAUCAACCCCGUCCCCAUGACCCGCUGGGCAUGGGCAGACAGUCUGCCCAAAUCCUACCUCCCCGCCGCCAUUGCAAACAAAACAAUCUUUGAAAUCUGGAUCUCUGAAAACGUCCUCGUCGCCGAUGACAAAACUUGCAGUGACUCUCUAGCUUUCUAUGUGGGUGGAAAAGGCAGCACGAAUUACAGAAAUGCUUAUCGCAAGGCUCCUGGUAUCCCUACAGGGUUCGACACCAGCAGAGUUUCGAACAUGGGAAGUGGACCUGAUUUUGUGAUUCCUAUUGGAGAAGCACCGUAUUUCUCGAACAUCACAUUAAGAACAGAGUACUUGCCUGUUAGUGUGGAUAUCUUGGCUGCAAAGGGUUGUGAUGGUAUGAUCUUUGGGUUGGUGCAGGAUUUGGUAAAGGCUGGAGUUGUCAAGGGCACGAGGGCUGGGUAUAGUGGUGUUACGGGUGAGCAGAUUCUGUUUUAG